AUGGAAGAGGUCGAUGUUGACCCUCUAAUCACUAAUAUUCCCACAUCUGCAGAUGGGAAGCACUUGGGAUUUGCUUGGGGUCCCGGAGAUAUCCUUGUCUACGAGACCCUCUACAAAGCAUAUGGCGCUACAGGGUCCAGAUGCUCUUUCAUCCAUGAAGUUAAGAAAGAUGAAGAUAUGUAUUCACCCAAUUUACGCAAACUCUUCAAUGAAUCACAUCACAUCUUCGUUGGCCUGCAGAAUCUUGCCGAGGACCUCCCCAGCAAGAACAAGAAACACCAAUUUGUCAGCAUCAGUAAGAACUACAGGUCUGUUAUCAGAGCCUCUAUGGAGGAGCUUCAGCAAGUUGCAGUUUGUACCACAAAUGCAGAAGUUGCCAAGCAGUAUGAAAAUCAGGUUUCCAUUCUGCUGGCCAUAGAACUGAUCUGGAACCUGUGUGAAGUGCUGUUCAUUGAUGCUGCUCCCGCGGGUUUGCUGUUGCACGCCCUCUUGGACUGGAUGAGAUUACACAAGGCCGACGUGGAUGAGAAGGCCAGAGAGGUAUUGCAAAGUGAGAAUCCUGCUGAGCAUGAAGGCUACUGGGAUGUGGUGGUGAGUUAUGUGAUUCAGGGCAGAUUAGAAGAAGCCAGACAGAUGCUGUCGAAGCAAGCCGCCCUGCAGCUCGCCACUAGCAACAUGUACAAACUGAUGGACACCCUGCUUGCCAAGAUGCCCUUCUACAAUCCCAUCGGCACUCAGACACUGACAGAGUUUGAUGUGAAAUGGAGACACUGGCAUGAGGAGGUGGAUCACUACUUGCAGGACAAGUCCUUUGCCAGCAAUCCACACCUGGAGCUCAUCUGCAAGAUUCUUGCUGGGGAUGAGGACACUCUGCUGGAGCAUAAAGAACAGCUCAGUACCUGGUACCACUUUCUAGUCACCAGACUGCUUUUCUGUUACCCCACAGUCAAACCAACUGAGCUACAUUACUAUGCACAGUCUUGCAUGACCAUGUUCCUGGACUCGAGGGGUGUCCCAGAGCCGCUGGACAGCAUCUUAUUAGCAGCCUUUGAGUUUGACAUCCAUCAGGUUAUCAAAGACUGCAGCAUUGCACUCAACAACUGGUGGUUUGCGGCCCAUCUGACAGAUCUAUUGGAUCAUUGCAAACUCCUCCAGUCUCACAAUCUACACUUCGGCUCUAACUUGAGGGAGUUUCUCCUGCUGGAAUACGCUUCCGGCCUCUUCACUCAUCACAGUUUGUGGCAGCUGGCGGUUGACUACUUUGACUACUGCCCGGAGUUUGGCCGUGUCUACCUGGAGCUGCAGAUUGAACGCAUGCCUUUGGAAACGGAGCGCAAAGCUCUCAAGGUGCUUCGAAUAUGCGAGCAAAGACAAAUGUCAGAGCAAGUGCGCAGUAUCUGUAAGAUCAUGGCGACGCGGGCUCUGAGGAACAAUCGGCUGGGCUCUGCUCUCUCAUGGAGCAUUAGGGCCAAAGAUGCUGCUUUUGCUACCCUCAUUUCAGAGAGGUUCUUGCAGAAUUACUGUGCCAGAGGGAGCUUCUCUGAUCUGGACCUGAUAGACAACCUGGGUCCAGCAAUGCUGCUCAGCGACAGGCUCACUUUCUUAGGGAAGUAUCGCGAGUUCCACAAGCUAUAUGGUGAGAAGCAUUUCAGAGAGGCAGCCAAGCUGCUGCUCAACCUCAUGAUGGCUAAGAUUGCUCCUCGCAGCUUCUGGAUGACGCUGCUGACUGAUGCCCUGCCGCUGCUGGAACAGAAAGAGGUGAUCUUUUCUGCAGACCAAACCCAUGAUCUGAUGUUUUGUUUAGAGGAACUCACCUCCUCCAAGAACUCCACAACUCCUUACACAGACCAGCACAUGGAGGAGGACGAUGUAGAACAGACAAAGGUGGCGCUGCUGAGACUCGCUCUGGCCAGAAAUCUGGCAAUGUCCAUCGUCAAAGAAGGAACAAUUGAAGCCUGAAUGGGGAUGCGUCCUUCUGCAUUUUUGUACAGUACAUAGUGUUUGUCUUAUCACUAAGUUGAAUUAAAUCCAGACAUCCACUGAA